GAAAGAAAGAAACGAAGGCGGCCAAAAAAAAAAAAAAUAGAGAAACGCGUUCGGGGAACUUCCGAAACCAUUCCUUGGUUAGCGUUGUCGAAACGGUGAUCAUCAUCAUCGGAAGCGGCGACAAACAACCGUUCGCCUUCCGGUAAGACCUUUCAGUACCUGUGAUUAUUUCGGCCGCAAAUCCUUCUCCAGGAAGAGAUCAAUUGAUAGCUGAAUCGCAUAUUUAUUUAUUUACUAUUGUUUUUUUUUUUUUUGGUCUGAUUAAUCAAUCCCUCCAUACAACUAUAAUUUCAUUUUUUUUUUGGUUACUUUUGAUCAUCCAAUUGUUGAUCUAGGGUUUCUCAUAGGAUUUUGUUUACCUAUCUAGUGUUGCAAAAAUAAUCUGGUUGGUUUGAUUUGAUUUAGGGUUUCACUUUUGUGUUUUUGUUUUUGGGUUUGAUUAAUUUGUUGUUUAAAGAAGAAUCCUUGGUUGUUAAUCAUUAUGGCGGCAGGACGAUUUGAUGUCUCGAGGAGGAGAGAUGUUCAUUAUUCUAAGAAAGAAAGCUAUCACUAUAGAAACGGCUACCAUGACCUAGAAUUGAAAAGUCGGAAUGGAUAUGGUUCUUGUUCGGCCGCUGUUGAGGCAGUUGGUGGACAAGGAAGAGGAUUUGUUGGUAGGACUAGAGAGUGGGAGGUGGGUGAGUUAUCAGGCCGAGCCAGGUCUCAUGAUGCUUUCCCUUACGAGUCUAGUGCCGGGGAUAAUGAGAUUGCAAGGUCUCAAGAUGGGGUGUCAAUGCAUCCAGAAAAGAAAAGGAAGCUUACACCUAUUAUUUGGGAUAGGGAUGACAAAGAAGUAGGAAUUUCAUCCAAGAACAGAAUUUCCUCAAAAAGCCCUUUCCUUUGUUCUCCACUGUCUUUGCAGAAGUUAAUGAAUAUUUCUGCGGAUGGGGAUGUUAUCAUGUAUGCUAUCACAAAUACUCAGCUUCAAGGCAUGCAGAUGGCAGCUGGGGCAGCGGGGAACUCUGAAGCACUACCCAAUUCACCAUCUUUGUUGUCACCAAAGCAAUGCAGGAGAACUAAUAAAGAGCUUGGAGAGGUGGAAGACAAUAAGUGCAUUGAGGUUCGGCACAUAUCAACAUCACGGUGGGCAUUAAUGGAUAAUUCACCAGGGGAAAUAUGUUCAGAUAACACUGGAGACACUUUGUUGAAUACUCAUGAAAGUGGGGAGUUUCGUAGGGAAGGCUCUGAUAGCAGUCGGGGAAAGUCAUCUUCAUUUGAUGGGCAAGAUAGUUUUAUGGAGCUUGCAACAAGUAGGCAUGAUUACUCAGAGAAUGAUACCAUGGAGAUUGAUGAGAAACAUGAUGAGGUUAGGCAUUUGGACUGGGAUCUUGAGGAGGAGGAAGAGUUUUCUAGGUUUGAGGAACUUGCUGCCCCUAAAUUAAGAAGCAUGAACAUGCUUCAAGGUUGUAGGAGUGUGUUUAAUUACGAGAGACUCAACAAAAUAAAUGAAGGUACGUAUGGUGUUGUGUAUAAAGCUAGGGAUAAGGAAACAGAAGAAAUAGUGGCAUUGAAGAAGGUGAAGAUGACCCUAGAAAGAGAGGGUUUCCCUCUGACAUCUUUGAGGGAAAUAAACAUUCUUGUGUCUCUUCAUCACCCUUCAAUAGUGGAUGUGAAAGAAGUAGUUGUGGACAAAGAUGUUUUUAUGGUUAUGGAGUACGUGGAACAUGAUCUUAAGGGGCUUAUUGAUAUAAUGAAGCAGCCUUUUAGUGAAAAAGAAGUUAAAUGCCUGAUUCUACAGUUAUUGGAGGGUGUCAAAUAUCUGCAUGAUAAUUGGGUUCUCCACAGGGAUUUGAAGACAUCAAAUUUGCUUCUAAACAACAGGGGGAAGUUGAAAAUUUGCGACUUUGGAUUGUCACGUCAGUAUGGAAGCCCGUUGAUAACAUAUACUCCUUUGGUGGUCACUUUGUGGUACAGAGCACCUGAGCUGCUGCUCGGAACAAAACAUUAUUCUACUGCAAUUGAUAUGUGGUCGGUGGGUUGUAUAAUGGCAGAAUUGUUGGCAAAGCAACCACUAUUUAAUGGAAAAAGUGAAUUAGAACAGCUUGACAAGAUUUUCAGAGCUCUUGGCACACCAAACGAGGCAAUCUGGCCAGGAUUUUCCAAACUGUCAGGAGCCAAAGUAAAGUUUGUUGAGCAAUCGAGGAAUACACUGCGGGAGAAGUUUCCUGCAAUUAGUUUCAAGGGGUCUCCAGUCCUCUCUGAGCAGGGCUUUGAUCUGUUGAGCCAGCUUCUAACUUAUGAUCCGGAGAAGCGAAUAACAGCUGAAGCUGCUCUCAAGCAUAGCUGGUUCCAUAAAGAAGAGCCUUCCAUUCAAGAAUUGAUUCGUAAUAGGCUAAAGUCGAUGGGAUAUGAUGGCUAGGCAUCCUGACAAGUUCAUUGCAGAAGGCAUCCCAGCAUGUGCACAUUUGGUGGUUCAUCACAAUUUUCUGAUUAAAUCGAAGCCAGCAGGUGAAGUUGUUAUUUGGUUUUUUUAUAACACCACCAAGCGCAUGAACCUUGAGAGAGAGAGAGAGAGAGGCUUAUGUGAAGUCUACUGUGAUUUUGGUCAUUAGUAAAUGUGAAUGUUACUGUAUCCCCUCUAAAAUUGGAAGGGAAAAUUUUGCUGGUGAAAAUGCUCUCUUUUCACAGUUUGUUCAAGUGGAUAUGUGUAGGUGCACAUUGAAUAUUAGUAGGAUGAAAGAUGAAUAAUGUAAAAAUACCAAAACAAAUAAGUAAAUAAAUAUGUACUAGAAAAUCAGUUGUAGUCGUUUUA